ACAAAUUUCUCUUGUUACAUACCUUUGAAAAUGAAACGUGAAAGGUUAUCUAGUUCUGAUGAAGAGUCUUUGAAACCAUUUCAAACACGAAAAAAGCUUAAUCGUGUUCGAUCUACACUUGAAACGGACCGCGAAGACAACAAGACGUCUAUCUCAGAGUCUAUAGAAGAUAUUGAAGACAAUCCUACCAUUCUGCAUUAUCCAUCCUGUUCCGAUCCUUCCACAUCGAACCCUGGGAGACACAAGAGGAAAACGUGCAGACAUUGCAAAAAGACGACGAAAUAUUUUUGCGAUGGUUGUCCACCUGACCACCGGGGAGUAAUUGGGCUUUGCCCAGAAUGUUUUCGGGCCUACCACGGUCAUUAG